GGUUCAAUGCGCUAGACGUUGAUGAUGGAACCUGGGCCACGUACACGUGUUCUAUCUGGCCACACUGGUGUCCCAUAUAAAAGUGCCUCAAAGCGGGCUCCAUUCUCGUCUGCCAUCUGGUCCUCUCCCCUCUGGCUGUUGUCUCACGUCAUUAUGCCGCUUCACUCCAAGACGAUCCCGAUUGCUCCGGCAGAACGGGUCCCGAUAGAGCUCUGGGAGCAUAUCAUCGACCAUUUAUGGAAGGACAAGACUUCGCUGCAGUCCUGCAGCCUCACAUGCCGCGUGUGGCUUCCGGCGACUCGUGUGCAUCUGUUCGACAGUAUCAUCAUCAAAUCGAGGGAGAACUGCUUGGAAUUCCAGGACCUCAUUGAACAGCAUGCGACUUCUCUAACUCAUCGGACUAAUCUACUCGAUUGCAUUCACUCCUUGACUUUUCAGGAAUAUCCCUUUGAGGACGUAGACUGGAAGAAGGUCGAGACGGCAUUCCAGAAGCUACAGAAUGUUUGGUCCAUCGUGCUGGAUGACUGGACAAACAUGUCUAUUCCAGGAUCCUUCCGCGAGGCUAUGCGGAAUGCUUUUCCAUAUCUCGAGAGUCUAACCAUCAAGAACACGAGCAAUCUAUACAUGGAGUCCAUUCUGUUCCUCAUGACCGCAUUCCCGUCUAUCACCUCCAUCGACUUCGUCCACGAGGAUACAUCUGGACGUGCAUUUGAGAUAACCGACGUUCACCAACGAUCGCUUACGGAAGCAUCGCAAAGAUGCUUGCAAGCCGAUCUGCUCACCCUCGGCCACCGGCAGUUGAUCAUUGUCGAGGAUUUUUGCUGCACCGCCUGGUCUUUCAGUGGCAUGAUAGCCACCGCCAUGCUGCUCCAGUACCCGUUUCUGCUGCGGCUGAGCGAGCUACGUUUGAUGUGGAACGGAGGAGCCACUGAGUUAGCUAUCUUGCGCAGGCUGUUUGAAGCCACCCAUUCGUCUCUCGAAAGCCUAGUCCUUGGAUUCUUCAAGCUCAGAAACGCAGAUAUCGAGCCGCUCAUGGAAUGCUUGGACGCACUACGGGUUCCUUUGUUGUACUUCCUAGGCUUCAGCGGCAUCGUGCUACAAGCCACUAUGGGCAACUCCGACUGCGUGUCGCAAUGGAUCCUGUUCCUUUUGUCCCGCGCGCUUGCCGACGCACAGCAUCUGCGCGAGCUUGCGUUUGACAUAAUCCUCCCCGAGCGAUUCGAGGACAUUGACUUGCUCGACUGGGAGUACAUCGACUCGGUGCUCCUCGAGCUGGUGCAGCGCUCGCCUUCUUUCAUUUUUCAUGUGGGGGUGCUGCAUUUAGAGGACUUGCAGCUGGAUUUGAAGACAUUUGACAGGACCCUUGAGAAUGCGAUUGUCGAUCGCUUGCCAAGAUCGAUUGCUGUGAGAUGUUCGGUAUGGACAGAGAUGGAUGUAAAUGCAAAACGGGUAGAGGUCUAUUUGCAGUUUUAGAUGACGGGGAUGUUGAAGAGUAACGAAGGGCGAUCUGUUACGGUCAUGAUGGGAUUCAAUCUUCACUCUUAAUGUGUUUGUAUUUGCCGCUCUGUGGGUAUGAAAUAUGGCCUUAGGGGAGGAUCAUCUGAUCUCUGUAACAAUGAAG